AUGCCUGUUGGACUGGUAUGUCAGCUUCGUUAUGAUGGCGGUGGUGCUUUACUCUACCGCGCCUCUGAAGAUUCAGUGGUGCCUUUCUACACAGCCUCCUGUCGCUUGCUGAUUGGUCAAAAGGUGACGUUCUCCCUGCACCAAUCGGUAGGACGAGCGGAGGCGGUGGAUGUCGCCUGUGUAGAGACUUGUUCCUCAACAUUGGAAUCAAAACCUCAACCACCGAAGCAUUUUCUGCAAGAACCACAGCUCUUCCGGGUGGUUUCAUCAGAUAGCACGGCUCAGCUUCCACUUUCCAGAAAGCUGCAGCGCAGCGUUUUCCGAUUUCACAACGCCACCCGGGAGGAACGACUUGUGAUGCUAGGCCGAGCAGAGGAACGUCUGGAAACUGCGAUGAGUUCAUCCCCGCUGGAUGGUGCCCAGCUUUGCCGAUUGGUGAAUCGCUGUGCUGGAUGGCUUCAUGCCGUGUCGCUGGACCGAAGGACCAGUGGCCAAACCGGUGAGGGAAGGGACAGCGGGGAUGGCGGAUGCAGCUUGCAAUGGCGGGUCCGGAAACUGCUGAUCCGAACGUUGGAACAGCUGGAUCUGGCAGAUGCCGAGACUUUUCAACUGCUUGAGGCAUCUCUGACCUACAUUUGGCACUUACUGUCCAAGGUGCACUUGGACCAAUUGGGAACCACUCUGUCAAGGGCGGGAAAGCAAUGGUAUCAGCUGCAGUGUUUGUUGGGGGCCACACAACUGGAACAAUCCGAAAGGACACUGAGCCAUGGCAAGAUUGAAACUCAAGCACUGACAGAUUCACUUCCUGAUGGUCAAGGUGACAGGGGCGCAGGCACUGGAGUGUAUCAUCCACAAGAACGCGUCCGAAGGUUACCAUCAGUCUUUGAAUCCGAGAGGGUGCUGCUGCAAUGCCCUGCAUGUGGCACGGUGAUCCACAGUACUUGGCGUUGGCGGCACCCGGUGAAUGGAACGCUUCACGUCUUGGUCCCUCACAAUGGCCAUGCUGCCUGUACCAAAAAGGUGGGUAGGCGAUGUCUGUGGCAAGUCUUGGGUUCGAUGGCGCCCAAGACGGACCACUUUGCCCACCUGGUGUUUUGCAAACACCAGCGUCGCGAAGGGAUCUGCAAAGACUGUGGAGGACGGGAAAUGCCUGGCCUGACGGCCAUGGUGACGCGACAGGUGCUUUUGAUGCAGUUGGACACCUUCUGGCAGCAACAUUUGAAGAACAUGGAUUUUAUGAAGACUGGCAUGACGUUGCGUGCGUACGGCCAAAAGAACCCUCUGACCGAGUACAAACUGGAGGGCUAUCAAGUCUUCCUGAAGAUGAUGUCCAAGAUCAGGCGGAAUGGCUUGUACAAUGUCUUCCUGUUCCAACCGCGAAAGCUGACACUUGGCUGCCUUGAUCGAAGUCGUUACGUCGUGCACUGUGAAGCACAGUCACAAAGGAUGAUUCAGGAUGCUUUGGUUUGGUCCUGA